UGUAGGAACUGUACGAUAUCUGCACCAGUUCAGACCCGAGAAUGGUGCACAUAUCGAAUAUUUACUAUACCACAUUAAAUAUACCUAUUGAAACAACGGAACAUCUGGACCAUUGGAAACAAAUAUUAGCAGAUAGACAAAUUGACAUACAAGAUCUCAAUAUCACAUACUUGAAGAAAACUCAAAUAACGGCGCAAGAUCUUUAACUAAUAGAAACAACUAUAGACAAAAUAAAUCAGCAGAUCGAGAUAUUAUCAUUAAAAAGAAAAACAAUGACUACAAUGGAACGAAUUAAAUAUUAUGUCACAAUAUUAGGAUAUGCGAGCUUAAUUGGAGCCACAUUAUAUAUCCUGUACAAAAUGAACUGCCUACGACCUGCAUAGAACGUACUAAGAAGAAUUUUAACGUCAUGUAUCACCAUUUACGAUCAUUGCUCAUUCGGAACAUACGCACAAACGAUAGAUAGAACACCUACGGAACCAGUCAGAAUGACAGAUCUAAUGCACCAGGAAGAAGAACCACCCCAGUAUCAAGAACGAGAACUUUCGACGAGAUCGAGACUUUCGAGGAAAAUAUUUUACAGACUACCAGAUAACGAAGUACACUAAAACCAUAUGUUACAGGAUGGGGGGAACCGAAGAUAAUAACUUAGUUUACACCACCCUCCAAGACGACAUCCAGGAACAAUACUACUGCAAAACUUGCCAACCGGAAUUCGACCCAGUGACAAUCGAAGAAAUCAGGAACUCAUGGAGUCACGAAAAGUAUGAAUGUAUUGAAGAGCAAAGUGGAUGCAAAAGAUGCAGAGGUGGAAUAUGUACAAGAUGUGCAGUUUUGCAACAUGAAGGAAAUUGUGUUAAUAUUUGUCCACCAGGUCAUAUUGCAGAUUGGUCAACUACAGAGGAAUAUAUAGGUAAAAUAUGUAAAGAGACCAAAUAUGCAUUUGGAUUUACUGGUAGUCAAAUAGCCAUUUUAGUAGGAAUUGUUUCCGGUGCAACUUUAUGUAUACUUGUCCUACUCUGUGGAGUCAUAAUUGUACACAAAAAAAAAAAAGAAACUACUGCAUUAAUUCAACAAUUUGUAAAUAGUAUAGAAAGGAAAGAAUUCCUGGAAAAUUUGGCAAUACUUAGAAGAGAAGGUAAUACAUUUCUGACUAUACUCAAUAAUAUUAGAAAACAAGUCAGAGGAUUAUGUGAUUCAAUAAACAAUGAAAAUAAUGCUGUUGAAAUACAAACAUAUCGACCAAUUCUAUAUGACUUAACAAGAAUAUUAAUUCUUAUUAACAAAAAAGAUGAUAAAAUAUUAAUUCCGCCACAUGACUGGCAAAGACUUUUUUUGGAGGGAAACAGACUAUUAAAGCAAUACAAAAAGCAGAAUUUUGCAGAAGUGGGUCAACUUAUAACAUUCUUAGAACAACCAAGAGUAUCAGUGCAGUUAACUUCAUCACAACGUGUAGUAUAUAAUAACCAGAACCAAGUUAAAGAACUUCAAGAGCUUGCUGUUUCAACUUUUCAUACAUAUAAUACUGGUAUGACUCUAACAGGAUCUACUUGUGCAAUUGAGGAAUGUGAAGCAAAUGAACUCAAUCAUGAAUUGAAUCUUCAAUGGAAAUUUCAAAAUACUGUAGAGGCUACUAACUACGCUAUUUUAACUGACUGGUCCCCUGUUCAUGAGUGCUGUGUUAAUGACUUUACAAGUCUUGGUUUUCGACCUCAAGAUGAAAUAACCACAGAAUUAUAAAUAAUAUAUUUUCGUUUUAUAAUUAAUAUAUUUUUUACACAAUUUUAUUAUAAAACUAAUUUUAC